AUGUCUCUGGCUGACAGCUUCUGUGCCUCUGCUCGCUGUGCUGAAAGCUACAUCGAGAAUGAGCAGCAUCUGCAGCGUCUGGAGCCCAAUCACCUGAGGGGCCUGGGGGAGCUGAGAAACCUCACCAUCGUGAAGAGUGGCCUCCGGAGCGUGGCGCCGAAUGCCUUCCACUUCACCCCUCGGCUCAGUCGCCUGAACCUCUCCUUCAAUGCUCUGGAGUCUCUCUCCUGGAAAACCGUCCAGGGCCUCUCCUUACAGGAACUAGUCCUGUCUGGGAACCCUCUGCUCUGCUCCUGUGCCCUGCACUGGCUGCAGCGCUGGGAGGAGGAGGGACUGGGCGGCGUCCAGAAGCUCCAGUGUCUCGGGCAGCAGUCCUUUGCCCACAUGUCCAACACCAGCUGUGGCGUGCCCAUGCUGAAGGUCCAGAUGCCCAAUGCCUCCGUGGGCGUGGGGGACGACGUGUUGCUGCAGUGCCAGGUGCAGGGGCAGGACGUGAAGGACGCCGGCUGGAUCGUCACAGAGGUGGAGGAGUCGGCCACGGUGAUGCAAUCUGGGAAUCUGACAUCUCUGAGGCUGACCCUGGCCAACGUUACCAGUGACCUCAAUAGAAAGAAUGUGACAUGCUGGGCGGAGAACGAGGUGGGCCGGGCUGAAGUCUCUGUCCAGGUCAACGUCUCCUUCCCGGCCAGCGUGCAGCUGCAUGCGGCAGUGGCGUUUCAUCAAUGGUGCAUCCCCUUCUCGGUGGAUGGGCAGCCGGCACCCUCUCUUCGCUGGCUCUUCAAUGGCUCCGUGCUCAACGAGACCAGCUUCAUCUUCACCGAGUUCCUGGAGCCGGCAGCCAAUGAGACUGUGCGACAUGGGUGCCUGCGCCUCAACCAACCCACUCACAUCAACAAUGGCAACUACACAUUGCUGGCCACCAACCCCUCAGGCCAGGCCUCCGCCUCCGUCAUGGCCGCCUUCAUGGACAACCCUUUCGAGUUCAACCCUGAGGACCCCAUCCCUGUCUCCUUCUCGCCAGUGGACGCGAACAGCACGUCGGGAGACCCGGUGGAGAAGAAGGAUGAGACACCGUUUGGGGUCUCAGUGGCUGUGGGCCUGGCGGUCUUUGCCUGCCUCUUCCUUUCUACGCUGUUCCUUGUGCUCAAUAAAUGUGGACGGAGGAACAAGUUUGGGAUCAACCGUGAGUGGAGGGGCUGUGGAAGGGCUGUCCGCCAGCUUGUCCUGCUGGCUUUGUUUCCUACCUGCUCUUCCUGACUCUGUCUUCUGUGGGGCUGGGGGUGGGGGGCAGCGGACACACGGAGUUUUGGGGACUUGUGUGUCCGUCACAUCAAGCGCUGCGACAUCGUACUCAAGUGGGAGCUGGGCGAGGGCGCCUUUGGGAAGGUCUUCCUUGCGGAGUGCCACAGCCUGCUGCCGGAGCAGGACAAGAUGCUGGUGGCCGUGAAGGUGCUGAAGGAGGUGUCUGAGAGCGCGCGGCAGGACUUCCAGCGCGAGGCCGAGCUGCUCACCAUGCUGCAGCACCAGCACAUCGUGCGCUUCUUUGGCGUCUGCACCGAGGGCCGCCCACUGCUCAUGGUCUUCGAGUACAUGCGGCACGGGGACCUCAACCGCUUCCUCCGGUACGAGCACCCGGCCCGGCGCUGGCCCCUGGCUCUGGGCCCUGCCUCAGGGAGGCGGGGUAGUACUGGGGCUGGCCUCCCUCUCCGGCCCCAGCCCAGUGUGCCCUCUUCUCUCUCCUUCCGGUGGCCCCAGGCGAUUGAGUGCAUCACUCAGGGACGGGAGCUGGAGCGGCCACGGGCCUGCCCGCCGGAGGUCUAUGCCAUCAUGCAGGGUUGCUGGCAGCGGGAGCCCCAGCAACGCCACAGCAUCAAAGACGUGCACGCCAGGCUGCAAGCCCUGGUCCAGGCGCCUCCCGUCUACCUGGACGUCCUGGGCUAGAGGGCUGGCCAGGGUCUGGGGCUGAGAAGCCAGAAUACUGGCACCCGCCCUCAGCAACCCGAUUCCCAGCAGCCCCAGGGUGAUCUCAACGCAUCUAACUCU